AUGCUAAGGGCAACAUAUGAACACAAUAUUCUUGUAGAUUCAUUUAAAAACAUUGAUCAUUUUAAUUAAAGUCUAUACUACUUAAGAUUUAUGAUAAAAUCAAAUGGGGAAUAGGCUUCUCCUUACAAUUAUUUUGAAAGCACCAAUAAUAGUAAAAAAAAAGAAUCAUGUUAACAAAGUCAAAUUGAUGAGCAAUACUUUUAAACAAAAACUUUUAUGAUUAGAUUUUAAGAGGAAAAAGUAGAAAUAGUUGAAAGCUGCGUGUUGAGAUUAGAAGUGUCGGCGUCUCCGUGUUACGAACAUGAAUUCAAAUUAAUUUAUGAAUUAAUGUGUGCAGAUUUAGCAAAAAUUGGAGGUCCUCCGAAUGAAGAAUCAUUAUUUAAAUGUGUUGCAACCUUUUAAGGACGAAUCUGCAAUUCUUAUAAAGGAGUACAUGAAUAUGUUCCUAUUAUGUUUGAUAACAAUCAUUUUUGUUAAUUUCAUUGUACAGUCAAUUCUAAUCUUUAAGAUUUUAAAUUUUGUUUAAGAGAAUUUUAGAAAGCAAACAGUUCUCGAAUAAGACAUUUACAGAAUUUCUUCAUAAACAUACAAAUAAAUUUAACAAUUGUUAAGAAUUUUUUGAUUAUUAUAUUGGAUAAUUAAGAUUAACAAGUGAAUCUCUGUAAGAAUAAGUGGCUAAAAUGUGUGGUUAACUUAAGUUAUAUGAUCAAUUAUCAAAAUUACCCACAAUACCCAAAUUCUCAUAUAUUCAACACUAGGAAUCUUCUAUUAUUAAAGAAAGUAUUCAUACUAAAGGUAAUAUUCUUAUUUCUGAUGUGUUGAAUUUAAUAAAAUAUUAGAGAUCAAAAUUUAUUAUCUACACUAAUAGAAAAUGAUAUUAAUUAGUAUUCUUCUGUCCUUUUUGAAUUAUAAAAUUUAAUAAUAAAGAUUAUACAAAAUAAUAUAGAACUUUAAUAUAAUAAGAAUAUCAAAUAAAAAUAAAAGAUAAAUGGGGAGAAACUUAUUUUAGAGAAAUUAUUAAAUGUAAUUCAUUUUCAAACGGUACUUUAUGUCAAAAACAACAUUAAGAUGUUAGUGAUUAAAUUAGAAGAAAACCAAUCGUAAUGGAAUAAUAAAACUUAGCUUAAGAUAUCAAAUAAUAUAGUAGAUUGGAUUAAAAAUAAUCCUUUUCGUAUUAGUUUUAUAGAUCAUUCCAUGGGAGGACUUAUUGUUAGAGCGGCUUAACCUCAUUUAAGUGAAUUUAAAAUUAAUAUGAACACAUAUAUCUCAUUAUCUAGUCCACAUUAGGGAUAUGGCUAUAAUAAUAGUUUGCUUAUUGAUGCAGGAUUGUGGUUUCUAAAAAGAAUGAGUAAUCUAUAUCUUUAUAAUCAUUAGCUAUGACCGACGCAGAACAAAUAGAAAAUACAUUCUUAUUUUAGUUAUCAAGGUAGGAAGGUUUUAAUUGGUUUUAAAAUAUCUUAUUUGUUAGUUCAGCCUAAGAUACAUAUGUUCCAUUUGAGAGUGCUAGAAUUUCUAAGAAUUUUGAAAGAAGUGACUAAGUAUUAUUUUUCUCAAUUUUAAAAAUAUUUAUAUAUAAAAAUAUUAACUAUUAAAUCUAUUGA